AUGGAGUUCAAGCUGGAAGACAUGGAAGGGCAGAGGCGGGCAUCAUGUUCUUUGGGCUUUCCUUGGGGCAGCAGGCAGAGGAGAAGACAGCCGGGCUCACCCCCUCUCUUCUCUCUACAGUAUGAAGUGUCUGGCGAGGAACACCUGUACUCCGAUUUCCCCGAGAUUGAUUUGUCCCAGUUGGACGCUGGUGAUUUUGACUCUGCCAGCUGCUUCAGCGAGCUGCAAUGGUGCGCCGAGCACUCCGAGACCGAGUCCAGCCAGUACAGCACAGAUGACUCCGAGCUCUUACAGAUAAUAGACAGCGAGAAUGAAGCGCUGCUGGCAGCUCUCACCGAGACGCUGGAUGAUAUACAGGAAGAUGACAUGGGCCUGGCUGCCUUCCGAACUAUGGAAGAGGGGGAUGCGCCCACCCACACCUCCACCUCGCCCACCCCUUCCCCCAAACCCACUGCCUUGGUUGUGGGGGGGCCGCCUCCGGCCCCAGAGGUUGAUGAGCUGUCUCUACUGAAGAAAUUACUUCUUUCUCCAACCCACGUGCCUCCAAGCUGUGAGGCUCAGAGAGACGGGAGUGCACGACGCCAUGGGACCCCCAAAUCAAGACCUCAGCGAUCAUGCACUAAGGUGGAGGGUCUCCGGGACAGAAAAUCAAGGUUUCUCCAGGCUCAGAGCCGGAGCUGCACAGAGCUGCACAGGCACCUCACCUCCACCACACACUGCCCACAGACCAAAGCCACCUGGCCACCAGACACACGCCAAGGCAGCAGUGGCAGUAUCGUACCCCAGAAUCCCUGUGCCCACAAUGAAGAUGACAGUGACACAAGUGAGGACUCGCUGAGCUCCAGUGAUGCCACAGUGAUGAUGCUGUCCCCUGAGGAUGGCAUCAGCAGUCAGUUCUGUGAGAAAGAGAUGCACUCAGUGGUGGAGCUCAUCCGCUACAUGCACACCUAUUGCCUUCCUCCAAGAAAGCUGCCCAUCAGAGACCCUGCAGAUGUGAAGCACCAGCACUGUAACAGCCCCUACAAGAGAGCAAAGCCAGACUGCCCUUUGCAGACAACUUCCCACUGCAGCCAGGAGAGCUGGGCAACCUGCACCUGGGAAAUAGGCAGCUAUCAGAAGCCCAGAACCUCUUCAUUCUCCAUCCUGAAGGAGCUACUGUCCAGGGACAUUACGUGUGAUGUAAGCAAGCCAUACAGGUUGGGCAAACCUGUGUAUGCCUCCUGGACCAGGCCCUCUGGCUCCAGGUCUCCAGGACCUCCUGCUCAGGAAGCUGACACCUUUGCAGGGACCUGUAAGUCCAAAGUCAAAAUGCCAGUGGAGAAGACAGAGCUAAGGCAAAGCCCCAAGGCUGAGCCUGAAGCCAAGAAAGAGACUGGCAGCCCAGAGGACGAGGCCGGGAAACAUGUAGUUCCUACAGCCCAGCCACCCCCAGGGAAGGCAGGCCGGAAGCAGGAGAGUGCCAUUUAUGCUGUCCGGCGCUCCAAGAGACUCAACCCAGAACUGGGCCACUGGCUAUCAUUUCUUGAUGAGCCUUCCCCAGAGCCUUCUGGCCCCAGAGAUGCAACAGAGAGCUGGGUGCAGGAUGCUUUUGCCUUGAGGGAGCCUACACUGUGCCCAGCCUUGGAGAACUUUGAUACGGAGGCACCAGCUGCAGAGGUGGAGGUGGGCAGCAUGGAGGAAGGGGACAAUACAACUCAGACCCACCGAAUGGAGCCCCCGAGGUCCCUGCUGGGGAGCCCAGAUGAGAGAGACAGGGGUGAGAUGGACGAGAACCGGUCUUGCUCACUCUUAGAUCAGACAGAAACACCCAGGUGUCUUGCGCUGUCCUUGACACAAACUGACACUACAUUUGGGAAGAGGAACUUUGAGCAAGUGCUAACUGUAGAGCUGUGUGGGACAGCAGGUCUCACACCGCCUACCACUCCGCCAUACAAGCCUGCUGAGGAGGACCUGUAUAAGCCAGACAUUCACCAUGGGCCAGAAAAGGAGAAAGUAGCCAUCCUCCCUCCCCUUCCGGGGCCAAGGACUGCCGCAGCAGACACAGCGACCUCCAGGAGACUCCUGAAGAAGCACCCAGAACAGACAGAGCUCUAUGCCCACCUGAGCCGCGCUGCUGUGCGUCCUCCUCCCCUAGAGCAGCAGGGAGUGCUGAAACGCCCAUUUUCUCGCUCUUUCGGGGACCACGACUACUGCCAAGUAAUGAAACCUGAGGCCGUGCUCCAGCGGAAGGUGCUGAAGUCCUGGGAGCCCCUGAGCCACACAGCAAGUGAGCACAAGCGAAGGGUGCCAGAUACACAUUACCAGGGACUUGUCCAGGGCAGCAAGGAGGAGAAUGGCCAGGCCUUGUGGAAGGAGGGUACUAAACAACUUAGAGACCAGGAGAUCAGAGCCAGCUUAACCAAGCACUUUGGCUUUCUGGACAGUGCCCUUGAAGAUGAGUAUCUGACCUGCAAGACCCUUGAUUAUGACACUGUCUUUGAGGACAGCUGCAGUGAGAGUGGGUCCCCGGUAGAGGAGGAAGAGGAGGAAGAGGAGGAGGAGGAACACUGGGAGAGUCCACUGGAAUCCAAGUUGUGUCUGCGGAGAAACCCACUUGCCAGGACCAGUAUACACCACUGUUCCCGGAGCAGAUCCAGUUCCGGGUCUUCAUGCUGCAGGUCCAGGUCUCCAGCAAACAGACGGGCCUUCAGAUGUGAAAAUGGUGAGCAAUGUCAAGGUGGAACUGCGAGCCGGAGCCAGAUGGAGAAGAGGAGAGAAAAGGCCAUUAAUGAAGGCCGGAUGGUGUACAUCAGAAACCUCUCCAGCAGCAUGAGCUCCAGCGAGCUGCAGAAACGCUUUGAGGUGUUUGGCGAGAUCAUUGAGUGUCAGGUCCUGACCAGGAAAAACAGGGGGGAUAAAUACGGCUUCAUCACCUACCGAUGUUCAGAAGAUGCCGCCUUAUCACUGAAGAAUGGUGCCUCACUGAGGAAAAGGAAUGAGCCAUCAUUCCAGCUGAGCUAUGGUGGUCUCAGGCAUUUCUUCUGGACCAGAUACACUGACUUGGAUUCCAAUGCAGAAGAGUCCUCCCUAGCUCCAGUGAAAAGCAAGUAUGAGACCAUGGAUUUUGACAGCCUGCUGCAGGAGGCCCAGCAAAGCCUGCAUCGAUAACAGCCUUAACCUUGGAGGAACACCUCAAUACCUCAGUCAAGGCACUUCCACUAUGUUUACGUUUUCAAAGAAAAAUUACUAAGUAUCUGAAAAGAACGAGCGAGCGAGAACGAGAGUAAGCGCGAGAGAGAGACUGCUGUCCCUUCCAAUCGAUGUUUACAUUGAACAAAGCUGCUUCUGUCUGUGAGUCCCCAUGGUGUUGAUGUCCCACUGCCACACAUCAGUAUCCUUGCUUCUGACUGGUUGUUCUAGGGUGAGCCUGUAAAAGCCUUCUGUCCACUACUGCCCCUCCCCAUCUCCCCCCUCUUUCCCCAAUGCUCCCGUCGUGGAGUUGCAGCUGUGUUCACCAUAACAUUUUUGUCUGUAGUGUGUGAUGAUGAAAUUGUUAAUUGUGAAUAGAAUCAGGAUUAUAAACUAAUUUUUAAUAGAAGAGAAAAAAAGUAUAUACUUAAAAAUGUAUUUAUGGCUCAGAUGUACUGUAAUUCAGAUUUAUUGUACCGCUUCCUUGAUUUUUAACUAUGCACUGUAAUGAGGCAUUUGCCGCUGAGCAGAUGGAGUCAGGCCAGAAAGGUGCCCACACAUCAGUCUCCCAGCCAGGCUUUGCCCUCUUGGUUGUGGAGUGUCUAGCCUGGCACAUUACUAGACUGAACCGUUCUGAGGUCAGGUUUUGGUAUCCUGGUUUGCUGUAGAAGCCAAGCUUCCUGCCUACAUGGCUGGGCCUGUUGGGCCCCCAGUCCUGCCCCAGUCAUGGGGUUGUCUAGGCCUGCUGGACUAUGAAGGGUUGAAUGGUCUGGCACAAGCUGAACUGAAACUGCCACGGUGCUACAGUGGUGCAGCUUUGUAGGAGCGGGGAAGGGGAUUUACGAGGAAUUAGUGAUGGAAGUCAAAGGGCCACCCAAGUCCAGCUGCCCAGUGACCUAGCUUGGUUAAGUCAUACUGGUUUGUGUAGCCAGUGAAAUGCAAGAGUGAUGUUGCCAGUGUCAGGUCCAGGUGCCUCGGAAUCACCACCUGAAUGACCAGGUACCAUUAACAGCUGGGUUGAUGGGGGGUGGCCUGUGCCACAAGUCCAGUGUGAGCCUAAACCUCACACCUCUGGAACUGUGGAAAGACAAUUUCAUCACUUUGCCCCAAUGCCACAAGGAUGGAGCAUUAGAAAGCUAUCAGACCAGUCGCCAAGGGGUUAAUCUUUGCCAGCCACACUCUGGAUGGCAUCAGUCACCAUGGAUUAUAGGCACCGUCCUGCUUUCUGAGCCAGGGAGAGGGAAAAGAGCAGAAGCCCACAGUCUCCCCAGAAGGAUUGUCCAAGGGGUAGAGCUUGGUCACCCCUCAAUACACUGGCAGGCACAUUAAUCCCACACUGGGGGAGGUCACAUCUCCAUGUUGAUGAUCAGCCAGAAUCUCUGCCUAGCAUUGCUGGCUACUCUCCUGCUCCAUCAUAGGGAUUUCUGAGCUAGGGCUAAGUGGCUUGUUUUUCUCACAACUGCUUCCACAAUGUGCAAGGAAACCGGGGUGAGUUCUCCUGGCAGCAAGGGCAGAGACUGCCAGCACAGCAAGGGACAUGGCAGCUAAGCUGUGCAACCCUGUCCCAUCCAGCAUACUGCCCUCCUCUGACCGGUACUGAAUAAGCCAUAAACCUACCAGUACAACCAGGAAGUUGGAAGAUCCCAUCACCCCCGCAACAACUCUUGGCCAUUUCUUCUCAGCCCUUCCCACCUCCCAGGCAAGGCUUCCGACCUGCAGAGUACAGGUGGCAGAGACACUGCAGCUCUGCUGGGCAUAUGACUGCAGCUCUCGCCUCUGGUUUCUGAGACCUGCAAUCUUGGGGUCCAUGCAAGGCCAGUCACGAGUGCUGUGUUCAAGGUGUACAACUAUCAUGUUCAGCAGCAUCCACCGAGUUCUCUUGUACAGUUUAAAGCCAUUCCGUUUCCAGGAGCAGGGAGAGACUGAGUCCAUUAGAGAAAAGCAAGAGACAGGAAGCACUUCACAGUGGGGAUCAAAUACCUUUGCCGACUCCUCAAGCUGUCACCACAUUUUUGGUUUGUUUUUCACAUGCAGGAGAGACCACUGGGGUUCAGCCAUCCCGUGUAGAUAGAAUUUAAUAGCCUUAACUCUGCCAGUAGCUAGAUUAGAUUCCCAUGAGGUCUCCCCUAGAACAUGGCACUGAUUUUCUGUUUUUUGGUAAUGCUUCAUCUUACAGGGAACACAACCAGCAGCUCAGUAAUUCCCCAGAUCAGAUGCUGAGUGCCUGCCUCAUGCUGACUUGUACCUUACUCCACUGACUUCAUAGGCACUUGCUCGUACUGUGAGGUAUGAUUUACCAUGCGGAGGGCACCAGAAUGCAGUCCUAUCCUACCCUGGUUAUCUCAGUUUUCUGAUGCAGAGCCCAUGGCUCUAAAAACUGCCAGUUCCAUGGUAAUUACCAAUGAACUACAGUUCCCAAGUGUAGGUUUACUGAAUCCUCAUACAGCAUAUUCAUGCAAUUACAAUCCCAGCCCACAGAGUAAUUACAACGCAUUAUGACCCUACUGUAAAAUCUGGUCACGGGCACUUUCCCGGCUUCUCAUCCCAACAUAGGUUACACAGGUAACACCGUCCUGGUUGGAGCAUCUGCUAUUGGCAACUGCCUCAUUGUAGCUUUGCCUUUUUCUGUCCUAGUAUUUCCUCACAACAAUGAUGUUUACAUGUGAUUGCUAUAGAGCUUACGUAGAAUGUAUAUAGCGACACAUUAGGGUGGGUAGUACUGUCCUGUGCUGUGCUGUUUUUCAGAAAACGAUCAAUCAAAAAUGCUAAGUGGAAUUCUUCCAUCUCCUUGCUCAGUACAAGGAUGGAUCAAAGCUCACAAGGCUGGCUUUGGUCACGGAUGGAAAAUGCAUCAAACGUUAAGAAUGUGAAAGGGUUGAAUGCAGCUAUUAGGAGAUCUUUCCAGUACCUGGAAGGAGCCUCCUUCAGUGUGAAUCACUCAGUCACUUCGCAAACAUUGGUUUCUAUACCCAGUUUUAAAUCUCAUAUUGCUUUUAUGAGGCUGGACUUCCUGAGCUGGCCACCAGCCAAGGAGACUUCUGCGCAUCAAGUGAGGUACUCUUGAAGAGGAAGGAAGAUCUCGUAAUGCACAGAGCCAAUCAGUACUGCAAUCCUAGGAUAGGAAGAAAUGCAAUAAGUGGUCUUCAUGUUGCCUGAAGCCUAUAAAAUAUUUUUGCAAGAAACUUCUCCAGGACUUAUGCAAUAUGCACGCAGGUGCACAAACGCACAGAUAUAUGGGUAUGGCAAGGGCAGAGCACUGUGUCCUUGUGCUGCUGCCGGUGGCUAUAUGCACAGUGACUGUGAACCCAGCCCUGCUGAAUGUAAAACCAGAGAGGCUGGGUUUGGAAUGUAUACAGAGUUUACGCUAGUUAGCUCAAAGCAGUGCCUGCGGCUUAUCUUCAUGGCUGCUGAGGCCUGGAUGUUGAACUUGAGAAGCACAGGUGCGAAUAUUCACUUUCUUUAACCCCACACACUGGUUUAAGGUGAAAAAAAAAGGUUCCCUCUUCAUUUCUUCUUAAGCUUCAGUGGGCUGGGUGUGGUCCCAGGGAAGGGGUUACAUGACAUACUUGCCUGGAGGAGUCUGUGCUGUGCCCAUGGGGCAUGACUCCUUCAUCAGGGGAACACAACACAGCUCAGGGCAUUGUGCAGCCCAUUGAGAGCCCAGCCACAAAGGUUCCUCUGCACAUCACAGGAGGCAGGUGAUUCCCAGUGUGGCGCAGACUGGGGGCCUCACCCACCAAGGGACAGAAACCAGCAGGAAUCAAAGGCACUCAGCACCUCCCAGGACUGGUCCCCUAGUUUGGGGAUGGGAAUGGUAUUCACUUGAGGAAUGGCACUAGUAAUAUGAAAGGAAUAGCUUUAAGUAUCGCUGAGCCACUUCAUGCACAGAGUGGGCCACCUAGCCCAGUGGGUCCCAUGCAGGAGGAAAGAGGCUUAUUCACUGUGCAGAGAGUGGCACUGUGCACCCCAACCAAGGAAGGGAAUCCACCUCAGUUCAGCUUUCCUGGUUUCCUCUACCUGCUGUAUGCUGUUUCCUGCAUUUUAAAGGGACAAAGUCUUUUAAAGAUUUUAAAGUCUCCUACUUUAUUCCCCUUCUCUUUGCACAGUCUCUGUAAAUCUCUUCCCUCCCCAGUAAUACCUAUAAUGCCAGCAACCCCAUAUGCGUGGGUAACCCUAGCCAUAACAGCAUCUAACGGAACAAACCACGCACCUAAAAGGGAAGGGGAGAAAAUGAUUUUAAAAAACAGAGUGUGGUCUCAAGGAGACAACAUGGGUAGAAAAAAGGGUGUUAUGGGUGGGCAGCCAGGAGGGGAAUUUAUUUUUUAAAAUUAUAUUUAUAGCUAUAUCUAUAUGUGUAUGUAUGGAAAAUAUGUAGAAAACCCUGUUGUUAUCAGGGAGGGAAAAAUAUGACAAAGAGAGAAAAUCCCCAUUCCCCUUUUUUGCGUCCAAUUGCCCUUCACAGUCUCAUUGCUUUACAGGAGAUGCAGCUCUCUGUUUGGGAGUCAAGUAGAUUCCCAUGACAACUCCUUGAGAGGAGGAGCUGUUCUGAAUGUCCGGGCUGGGGGAACGCAGAGGACAGUGCAGGGUUGUAGAUCUCGAUGUUGCCCCUGGAAAAUUUCUAUGUCUAAUUCCUACUCAGUGCAGCUUUCUGAGCUGUAUUACCUCCAGGAAGUGAAAACGGCAGCUCAGUCCUUAUGUUACAGUGUUAGUGUUAGAUUUCAGCACUGGCCCAUGUAAAGAAGCUUUACAGAACCAGCUAUUUUUUGUACUGAUUUUCUUUUUUUUGGAAAUAUGCUGAAUCCUUAAUAUAACAUUACCUGUAGCUGAGCCUUUACAAUCUUUUGUUCUUAGCAACAAUCGUCCAUCCCUGACAAUCUUGAGCAAUAUAGAACCAAAUAAAGCCUUCCGGUUUCCAUUGCUCUUCCUAGACAGAUGCUGGAAUCAGGUAGCUUAGAAAGUCUGGUUGUAAAACACCAGGUGGCACAGUAAGGGGCAUUAUUUCUCUGAGAGCCAAACAAAGUUAACCAAGUGGGAGAGUGCAUGUGCGCAUAUGUGCGUGUGUGUGUAUCUGAGAGAGAAAGAUUAAAUUGAUGCAUUUCUUGAGAAAGGUGUAAGAAUUUCACCUAAAAAGGGGCACAUCUGCUUUGUUAUUUAUAAUAAAAGUUAAAUUCUACUUUUUUUUUUAAAACAAAAGGACACUGCUAAUAAUGAUAAGGGUCCAAUUCUGCCACCCCUACUCAAGGUGAGUAAGUAGUAUCUUACUGCUCUAUUUUACUCACAGAGUAAGCUGAAGGAGCAGGAUUGAGCCCUCGGUGAUUACAGAUCUAGUUUUUAGUCUGAUGGUUUUUUUUAAAAUUGGUAGCGGUUUUUAUAUUUCACUUAAUUUUCCCCCCCAGUUCCAUUUCAUUGUGUCCUUAUUUAUGUAAUAUACUUUAACCUUAAAAUGGCAUGAAUUCUUAUGCCUUUCCUUUAUUAUUAUUGUUAUUAUUAUUUUUAAAAAGAGAUUUAUUUCUAGUGUGAUUUAACUGUCUACCUUCUAAACGAGAGAACGUUUUCUUGUAUUUUUACAUUGUCAGAUUCUAUAGUUUCAUAGAUAAUUUAACCAAAUCGCUCAAUGUAUUAUCUGUAUCUAUCCAGUGGGUAUAAAAGUUCUAUUUUAAAUUGUGUAAA